UCGGUUCAUCAUCAUCUUCUUCUUCUUUUCGGUGUAAUCUUGGAAUUUAUCGUCAAUGGCGGAGACAAGAAUAUAGCAUUCAACAGGGUUUUAAGUCAGACCCACUUCAAAUAAGCUACUAAAAUUUAGUGGGGCAGUCGUCAAAUAUUGCUUUUAAGAAAAAAGAAAAAAAAAUAGAAAUGUCUACUUCUUUAACUGUCAGACCACCGCCACCAAAUUUGUUCUUACAGUCUCGUCCUAAUAAUCAGAGGUUGAUUUCUUUUCUGAAUUACCCGAGGAAAGCUUGUAAGGGGAGACUGGUUUCAGUCAGAGCCCAAAGUAAGAAUAACAACAACAAGGAUGAGGAUGGCUCCACCAAUGCCGGCGAUACCUUACCCGCCAACGGAGCUUUUGUAAUUCCCUUUCCCUUCUUCUGUUGUUGUUUUUUUUUUUUUUUUAAAAUAUUUUUACUGUUGCAUGUUAAUUUUUUGGGGAUUAUGUGGUUUUUUUUCUUUUUCUUUUUCUGGGCAAAAUUCUCAGAGUCACAAGCUCAUGAGGCCGCGCACGGAUAAAUUUCGAGUAUGCACAAUGUGGUAGUCUGAUAAGAGUUUAAAGAUUCAACUUUUGAUAUUUUUUCCCCGGUUAUGUUUUGACCUGUGGUGAGUGAUUGUUAAAUGGGCAUCUUGAAUUUUUGGGUUUUCUUCUUGUUGUGUGGGAAUGGCAGCCGAGGGAAGUGUGCUGUUGUUUUUAUUUUUUUUAUUUUUUUUAUACAAUCAAUUUUUACCCUUUGUUUUUGGUUUUGGUUUUGGGUAAUGGAUGUUGCUAUGGGGUUUUGUAUAUUGGUUUAUGUGUUUAUUUAUUUUGUAUGGUAUGGGAAUGGCAGUCGGGGUGAAGAUUGAGUGAGAAUACCUUUUCCCACAUUUCCUGUUCUGUUUUGUUUGGGGCAACAAAUAUAGAAAUGAUUAUUUUGAACAUCUAACUUUUUUUCCUUUUGUUUGUUUUUGUGUCUGGUAACGGCAGCAGAAGACAAGGAAAGAGAUUUUAUUGGAAUAUGUACAGAAUGUGCAGCCAGAAUUCAUGGAAAUGUUUGUUAAGAGGGCGCCUAAGCAGGUGGUUGACGCAAUGCGACUUACUGUGACGAAUAUGAUAGGGACUCUGCCUCCACAGUUUUUUGCAGUAACUGUGACCACUGUUGCUGAAAAUCUAGCUCAGCUCAUGUAUAGCGUCCUCAUGACUGGAUAUAUGUUCAGGAAUGCACAAUACCGUGUGGAAUUGCAACAAAGUUUGGAGCAAGUUGCUCUCCCUGAACCACAAAAUAAGGAUGUGCCAGAUUUUGCACCUGGCACUCAGAAGAAAGUGACUGGAGAAGUUAUCAGGUGGAAUAAUGUCUCUGGUGCUGAGAAACUAGAUGCGGUAAAGUACAUCGAGUUGCUGGAAGCAGAAAUAGAGGAACUCAACCGUCAAAUUGAGAAGAAAUCUACUGAAGAAUCAAAUGACAUAUUGGAAUAUCUGAAGACCCUUGAACCUGAAAAUCUGCAGGAAUUAACGAGCACUGCUGGAGAAGACGUGAUACUGGCUAUGAACACAUUUAUCAAACGUCUCUUAGCUGUUUCUCCAAGUCAAAUGAAGACUAGUGUAACAGAGACGAGUGCACCAGAACUAGCUAAAUUGCUGUACUGGCUUAUGGUGGUUGGAUAUAGUAUCAGAAACAUCGAGGUUCGGUUUGAUAUGGACCGGAUAUUGGGUAACCCACCGAAGCUUGCAGAGCUGCCACCAGGUGAGGACUUAUAAGAAGAGGUGCCAGCUGGUCAAUCUCCAUGUACAAGUACAGGGAAGGGUGUAUUGGUUAUAUUAUUUUUAGUUACAAAGUAAAGAAAGAGGAGUUAGGGCUGCAUUUCAGCCAACUGAAGGGACUUUACAAAGACUAGUUUCAUAUUAAGUUAGGUUAACAUAAGAGCUUCGACCAUAUUGUUAUUCUCAUCUGUUUGUAACUAUAAUACAAACUGGAGGAACUUGAUGAUGUUUAUAGAAGUGAUAGGACUUUUUGUUGAGAUUGAUUAGUAUAUGAGAAAUUUUGCUUCAUCUCUGGUUUGCUGAGGUCCGAAUUACUAGUCGUAUCAGUUUCUUAACCUUUCGUUGUAGGGCAUCAUUCCUUAUGUCCAUCCAAAACUGACUUCUUGCCUUCUUAAAGAUACUGC